CUGACGACUGGAGACAUGAUUUGUCAUUAUAUCCUACACUCCUAAAAUCCUGUAGAAAAUAUCGAAAAAUAUGUUUUAUACUUGGGACAAUUGAGGAUCUGGAGCCUUAAAACCUGCUACCAACUGGUAGUAUGGGCGUUAUGCUCUUGGCAACAGUGGCGGAUUUACAAAUUUGCCGCCAGUAGGCUGUUAAAUUUUUGCAGCCUCUACUGAACUCUGAAUUUUGAUAGGUACCUACCCGUAGUUCGCAAUUAAAACAAUUACCUUAAAUAUAUCUAGUAAUGAAAAAAAAUAUAUUGUUACAUUUUCAAGACUCAUUUUCAUUAUUUCUGUAAGAUAGAGGUUGUUAGGGUCAAAUAUGCAAGCCUACUUGCCUACUAAUAAAUCUGCCACUGCUUGGCAAUACAUGUUUCCAUGACAACAUCAAUCAAUAAUUCAGUUUACAAAUAUUCAGUACUUUACAUAUUUUUUUUUCAAUAAAUAAAAUGAGUUUCUGUGUAGAUUUAGUAUCUGAAGAUUCUUUUUAUGAAAAUAUUACAUUGGGUAUAACAAAACAUUUAGAGUCUGAUCCCAGGAUAUCAAACGUCGUAGUGGAACGUCGUGCACCGUGCGACAGAGUUGCACUUUCCAAUUGGGAGCAGAAGCAUUCUGCAGUGUUGCCAGAUGAUCUGCGCAACUUCUAUGCAUCCACUGACGGUUUCCAACUAACUUGGCAUUAUAAAUAUUCAGCUGAUGAAAUCUUACCUGUUGGAUCUAUUCGAGUUAACACUUUAAACGAUUUGUGCUUAUCGCCGGCACUAAAGGAUUUGUUAGAUUUUUCAAUGACGCGCCAGAACUCGGGCCCGCGUCCGCUGUUGAACACUAAGAGCAAGGUGUUCGAGUUGGACAACUGUAGGAACAUUGGAAAGGUAUGCCUAAUAUUCACCGGUGGGUCUUGGUCGGUGUGGUUGGCGACGAGGGAGGGAGCCUGGGGCUGGCUCGCCGACUCCUUCACUCAUUACUUCAGGAUGGCGCUGGUACACCUGGGGCUGCCAGGCUGGCAGGCUGCUUUUGCCAAUUUGCCUCUUAUACCGUGGGCUGAGCAACUGUUCCUUUUGCUAGCACCCCAUCUAUUGGACAAAACGGAGCCUGAGAACAAUUUGAUCAGCGUUAGCAGCGAGACUGGCUUGAACCACAUCGACCCGAAUAUUUUCAAAACUUCCGUGCGUCAACACAAAAAUACUUCGCGAACAGCAAACUCAUAGACGGAGAGCCAGCGACAGCCAGACCUUCGUCAUUUUAUGAAAGCUGAAAGUCAGCUCAUGUUCCUACUAUAGAUGAGUACCGUAACCAACUAUAGAGUAUGGACCAUAGUGGCUUUGGGAAAUAGCAGGUUUCAAGGAUUCAGACCCUCAAGCAUAAAGUAUAUUUUUUUAAUAUUUUUAUCGGCAUAUUAAGAGAAAUUAUAUCCCCAUUCAAGUUUGUGUUGCACUAUGGUUAGGCUUAAUUUAAAUGUGUUUUUUGUUGAAUAAUAAAUAAAUUCGCCAGACACUCGGCUUCAUGGCAAUCCUAUCCUAGAGACCAUUGAUGUUUCAAAUUAAAGUGUUUUUCGGAGCUAAGUAAGUAACUGGUAACUGGAAAUAUAAAUUCUCAUAUUAUGCCGAGGAAAAGAUAAAAAAAUUACACUUUAUACUUAGACGGUUGAAGGUCUGGUUUCUUAAAACCUGCUACCUUCCAAAGCCCCCACGGUUUAAACUCCUUAUUUGGCUACCGUACUUAUUAGUAUAGUUGGGCACCGUUAAUCAAAUAGUUAACUUCGUUAAUCGUUAAUCCGCGACAAAAAAGUUAGCAUCGUUAAACGUUAAACCGUUACAUUCCGGAAGAAUUAACGCAAGUUAACGUUAAUCGUUAAUCCGUUAACAUGACUGUGUAAUAUUACAUUUUUAUAUCAUUGUAUGAGAUCACCAUUGGAUAAAUAAGGAUGAGCACCGGGGAAAAGUGCCAUAAUUUGUUUUUUGUUGAUUUUAUCUAUACAUAUUUAACAUAAAUAUAGUAGUUAGUUGAUUUCUUUGAAAAAAAAUCAUUCAUCAUUUCUUUCUUUUCUGAACCUGUUUUUAUUAUGCGCCGUAAAUAGUAGGCAUUGGAU